AUGGCGCCCAUGCUGGUGGAGCAGUGCGUUGACUUCAUCCGCCAUUGGGGUCUACGAGAAGAAGGGCUCUUCCGUCUGCCUGGACAAGCCAACCUCGUUAAAGAGCUUCAGGAUGCUUUCGACUGUGGAGAGAAGCCGUCAUUUGAUUGGUUUUUGGAUGAAGUUCAGUCCUACUCAGGUGUGAAUAAAAUGAGUGUACAGAAUCUGGCCACGGUCUUUGGGCCAAAUAUUCUAAGGCCAAAGGUUGAGGACCCAGUGACUAUAAUGGAAGGCACAGUACUGGUCCAGCAAUUGAUGGCUAUUCUGAUUGGCCACCAUGAUGUUCUUUUCCCACCCGAUGAGGACCAUACUAGCACUCUGGAACUGGUUAAUAAUAACAAUAAUGAGACGCAAAAACGGCCUACGAAUGGUCAGAUUCAAAACAAAGAGAACAAUAACACCAGUGGGGUGCGACAGUGCACUUGGGACACGCCAGAAUCACCCAGCCGGGCUCCUCUGGACAAUGGCUCUCCUCGUUCAGGCAGCCCACGUAAUGGUUUUACGGGACAACGAUUCGAGGUGGCCCGCAGUCCGCCAAUCUCCUUGAAAAAGAACCCGGCGUUUAGCAAAGGGAGUGGGAUUGUCACCAAUGGAUCGUUCAGUUCAUCCUCAUCGUCCUCAGGUGAUACCAAUCAGGAGAAAAUUCAAACUCUACCGAACAUGGGAACCCUUCAUGCCCGUCGGACGGGUGCGAUUAAAGGCUCAGGCACCAAAAUGGGCAUUCAGAAUGGCAUCGUUCGGAUGGGCGUAUCCAGCGCAGAUGUUACAAAUGGGACUCUAAAUGGACGGAAUGGACUCUGGGUGCCCAACGGUCACGUCACAAUGCGCGAGGCUAAAAGUCGAGACGCUGAGCACCAGCAGAACCGCCUGUCUACGUACGACAACGUCCAUAUCCAUCAACAGCAGCCCACGCAGCCCAGUCUGAGCAGCAGCUGUGAGGACAAACAGAGCGUGGAUAGCGCCACAUGGUCCACCUCGUCUUGCGAGAUCUCUCUACCAGAAAACUCCACUUCUUGCCGCUCGUCCACGACCACGUGCCCAGAGCAGGACUUCUUUGGCAGCAACUUUGAAGAUCCUUUGUUGGACGGGCGGGAGGACAACGGACUGGCGGUGGAUGAUAGGGAGCAGCGGACCAGUAACGGAGGAGGCCAGGGAAGCAGAGGAACGAGCAGCAGCGAUAACAGCGAGACGUUUGCCGUCACCAAUGGACCGACCAAUCACAGUGCUCUGCACAGCCUGGUGGCCAGUCUCAAACAGGAAAUGCUCAAGCAGAAGAACGAAUAUGAGGCCAGGAUCAAGAGGUGA